GGGGUGUGGGGGAAGCAUAGAACUACACCCACGCCCACAGCCACAGCCACAGCUACACCAACACCCACACACCCACACCCCACCCACACCCCACACCCACACCCACCCCCACUCACACCCACCCACCCACACCCUCACCCCACCCACACCCCACACGCCACCCACACCCACACCCUCAAGGGUAUGACGAUCGACUAUGGAAAAGUGCAAGCAUUACAUUUAACAUCAGUAUCAACUCAAACAACAAAUCAGGACGAAACACCAAACGUAUUGUUUGAAAUAAAAUAUCGAAUACUUUUAGAACAAUAUGAAAAAUUAGAAAAAGAAAAUCAAGAUUUAACAACAGAAAUUAAAUGUUUAAAAGCAAAAAAUAAAAAAAAGAUAAUUAAAUACAAAAAAAUAAAACAAUGUGCAAAAGUGUUAGAUUUAGAUAUCAAUCUUUUAAAGCAAUGCAAAGGUGACAGUUCUACAAUAACUUCUCGUAAUGUUACUCGAGAAUUAUUCCCCGAUGCUGCUGAACGAGCAUCAAAAACAAUCUCAACAAUAGAGAAAACUAAGGUUACAGCAAUUGUAGAAUUUGCAAGAAUCGUUUAUCCUGGCGAAUCCAAGUCCAAACGUGAUUUAACCAAUGCAAUUGGUAAUGUUUUCGCUAGUGAAAAAUCACAAGAACAACAGAAAAAAAAUGAUUGA